AUGCGGCCCAUUCUCCCGGGCGCGCUGCUGCUGCUGACCGCCUGUUGCAUCAUCCAGGCAGAGCGCGCAGAGGAGGACUGGAUCACACAGGAGAACAGAUUGGACAUUAUCAACCAAUUCUUGGUCGUUCCUGAGGACUCCCACCCACCUCCUCCCUAUGCUGCUGACUCGGGACUUGUGGGGAAAUGGCUGAGGCCUCUGCUCCAGCAGCUUGAAGGGGGCCCCCGUCUCCGUCAGCCUGAAGGGCCCUCCCAUCUCCGCCCUCGCCGACACUUGAGCUCUCGAGGCUCUCGUGGCUCUUGGGGCUCUAGGGGCUCCCAUCACCAGGGCCAGCUCAUGAGAGUGGGCUGUAAGUUGGGCACAUGUCAAGUACAGAACCUGAGCCACAGACUGUACCAGCUAAUUGGACAGAGCGGCCGCGAGGACUCGUCGCCCAUCAACCCAAAGAGCCCACACAGCUACGGAUAA